CUACCAAGGACCUAGGCUGCCGCGGGAGAGGCCAGAACCCUCUGAAGGGCCGCGGCCUGCCAGGAGUGGUGCAGAAUGCUCAGCCUGGACGCCAAUGGAGCUGUGAUGUCAUCGAUGUGGGUAGUCCCUCCAGCGGGGCAGAUAGCCACCCUUCCACACCUCGUACCAUUCUAGUCCAUGCAUGCCAUAAAGCCUCCAAAAAAAAGAUCCACCCAGUGAGCCAAAGGCCUUUCUCCAAGUCUUUGCACCCCUCAACUUGCCCAUCCCUUAUUCCGAGUUGGUGAUAGAAUAAGGAAUAAAUGAAUGAAUAAAUAGGCAGACGAGCCAGUUCCUAAAGGUACACAGAUGCACCCGAGCAGCCAAAUGUGAUGGAAGAAAAGAUGUUGAAGGUCCCAGACAACAGAUAACGAAGCAUACUUCCCUCCACUCAACAUAGAGGGAGGCCACGGAGACAUCUCGGUCCAAGGAGGAGUAUGAUCUAUGACAUCAGACCUCCUCCCUUCAUGCCACAAAAAUGAAGAAAGGCCUGAAAAGCUCGAUUGAUGAUGUGCUUGGUGACCUCUUGGAUGAUGACACUAUGCCAACUGAGAAACCUCUCCAACCAGCUGCAAAUCCCAGGGAUAGCCUAGGAUCGUCUCGGGGCUUUUCUUCAAGGGCCAGAAAAAAGUCCAUUCUGGAAGACGACUUCUUCAGCACCAUGGCAGCCCAGGCAGGUGCAGAUGCUGAGUUUUCUGAUAUCUCAGAUGCAGACCCACAGGCUUUGCUACGGUCUAUGAAGGAUAUGGAUGACAUGGAUGCUGAUCUCUUAGGCCUGAAGAAGUCUAACCUAACUGGUAAUAAAACAGCUGCAAAAGGUUCUGGAAAAGAGGAGUUCCCUGGUGAUUUCUCUAGAUCUACAGGAAAAGUAAUAGCCAAUGAGAAAGGAGAGACCGUUUCCACCAAGAAGCCUGUGCCUUCCACUGGGAGCGCUGGGCGCGCAUACAAGAAGUUUCCCUUUGAUGAUUUGGAGGACCCCUUGGCAGGGCUUCUCUCUGAUGAAGAGGAAAGAACUGCCAAGAAGCCACCUGUGAAAGAGAGUAAAGCAGUCCCUGAAAAGAGCCCUACCACAGUUAAAAAUCAAGGUACCUCUCUUUCUUCAACUCCUGGUGACACCAGCAUUCAAAAGAAGGAGGAGUUGAAGUUUGAUGAUGGGGAUGACCUCAUGGCCACCCUUGGGUUUGGAGACAGUCCAGAGGCAGAGCGGAAGCAGGAAAAGGGAGUCCGGGAUGGGCCCCGUCCUGCUCGCGCUAAACUGGAUGAGCUACUGGGACGUGGAACUGCCUCCAGGCUCCUGGAGAGACCAGGCACUGGGGAGCUCCGGGAGUUCAGGCUGGAUAAGAAGUACCAGAAACAGCUUGAAAAAGAAGAUCCCUGGGGAGAUGACGACUUUGCCUUUGGAGCCUACCAGCCCACAGUGGCUUCCUCCUCUGAGAGCCAACAGUCCCGCAGACAGUCUGUCAGGUUCUCAGCAGAGAGUCUCAUCAAUCCCAAGGGAGAGCAAUGCUCCAAACAGAGUAUACCAGUCACAGCCAGCCCUGCUCAUACUGGGAAGGGAGGAGCUGACUGGCUGGGCCUCAAGGAUGAGGACUUUGACCGGCUCCCUCCAUCUCCCACCAAAGAAUCGAGCAAGGCUGGCUCAACCAUGGCUACACCUUCGGAACCUAGUCCUACAGCCCGGCACUCUGCUCCCUCCAGUCUGCCUGGGUCAGGGAUGAAGCCAUCUGCUGAUGCUGCAGCUAUCCCUCACAAACCCAACCUGUCUCCCAAGCGAGGAACAUCAGAGGAAAAACAAGAGGAGGAUUGGCUAAGCCAUGCCUUGUCUCGAAAAAAAUCUCAGAAUUUAGCUAAAGAGGAGCAGUCUGGGACUUCUAAAGGCCUGAGCCCUACCGAAACAUCUGAUCUACCCUUUGUCAGUCAACCUGCUGCCAGUACUCAAGGACCCGAGCAAGCAGCUGCCAUUGGAACCCCAGGGACAGCACCAGAAGCUGCACACACCUGCCCCAGGGGCAGUGGGGUUCCCCCAACUGAGGCCCACCCCAAGACACCAACUGCCCUUGUACUUCCUGCAGCUGAACCAAAGAGAGACGCUCUUCCUGGAGAAGUUCCCAGCGCUGACCUUGCAACUUGUUUCCGGAGAUCCCAAGAACUAACAGGGACUUCCAUGCCUGUACAGGGCCUUCUCCCAGAGAGCCUGGCCCUGAGUCUACUGCCAGGAGGAGAGUAUCAGAAGAGGGUCCUGGCUGCACAGGCCCAGCUGCAGUGUGGCACAGUAGAACUCCAAGAGGAGCUAUUAAAAAGUCAGGCCCGGCAGGCAGAACUGGAGACCCAGGUACGGAAGCUGGAACUAGAGAGAACUCAGCAGCAUAUCUUGCUUGAAAGUUUACAACAGCGGCACCAGGCAGACUUGGAGCUCAUUGAGAAUGCACAUAGGAGCCGGAUCAAGGUGCUAGAGACAUCGUACCAGCAGCGAGAGGAGCGACUACAGAGGGAGAACGAGGAGCUUACGGUUCAGUAUCUGUCUCACUGCCAGGAGGCCGAGAAGGCCCGAGCUGAGCUUCUGGCACAACAUCAGCGUCGCCUGGCUGCUGCUGAGCAAGAGAAGGACCAGGAGAUCGAGAGGCUCCAGAACUUACAGAGGGCAUCCAUCUCAGAGAUACAAAAAGACCAUGAGGAGCAGCUACAAAGACUGAAGCGGCUGAAAGACCGGGAAAUUGAUGCCGUUACAAGUGCUACUUCCCAUACCCGGUCCCUCAAUGGGGUUAUUGAACAAAUGGAGAAGUUCUCCUGUAGCCUUAAUGAGCUCUCAUCCCGUGUGGAAGCCACUCACCUUACCAAUUCCCAAGAGCUAGAGAUAGGUGCCCGUCAGCGUGAUAAGCAACUCCAAGCCCUGCAGGAAAGGUUGACUCUGCAGCAGCGGGACAUGGAGGACGAGAGGAACAGGCUACAUGAGAUCAUUGGGAAGAUGGAGGCCCGACUGAGUGAACAGAGCCGUCUUCUAGAGCAGGAGCGCUGGAGAGUGAGUGCCGAGCAGUCCAAGGCAGAGUCCACGCAGCGUUCCCUGGAGGAACAGAGGAGGGUCAUGAACCAGCAGCUCAGCAUGGAGCGUGAGGAGCUGGAGAGGGCCAAGAAUGCUUUACUAGGGGAGCAGAAAUCAAUCAUGCACAAGUGUGCAGAGGAGGGACGGCGGCUGGCUGCAGAGUGGGCCGAUUUCUAUGCCCAGCAAAGGCUAAGUAAAGAGCGGGCAGAGCGUGAGGCCGAGCGUGUGCUGCAGGUGGACUCCCAGAGGGAGGGCGCCAUCGUCAGUCUGGCCAAGGAACAAGCAGAAUUGAAGGUCAGAGCGAGUGAGCUGCGGCUUCAAGAGGAACAUUUGGCUGGGGAGUGGGAAAUUCUGGAGCGGGAACGGCAAGAACUAAGGCUGGAGAAGGAGAAGGUCAACGCAGCUGCCCUACGCAUCAAACUCCAAGCUGAGGAAGUUCAGAACAUGAGCAAGGUGGCCUCUCAGAAGUAUGAGGAGGGAGAGAGGGCUCUUCGGGAGGCUCACAAGCUGCAGUCAGAGCACCAGGCCCGGCUCCAGGUCAUGCAGCAGCAACAGGAACGACUCCGGCAGCAAGAGCAGCAACUUCACCAGGAGAAUUUGAAUUUGGCUCAACAGAGGCAGCAGCUAGAUCACCUUCGACUGGAUCUUCCCUCUCCCAUCAUGAGGCUAAGCCCUGCUGUCCAGGUCCUCAGUUCUUCUGGCCUGAAUGCUAUGACCCCUCCUGCCAUCACCAUUCCUGGACACAGCCAGCCUUCUGCAGGCCUGAGCCCUUCCCACUUGCAUGCCAAACUGGUGCUGCUGAAACACAUGGCUGAGAAGGAUCGGGACUUUCUGGAGGAUGAGAAAUUCUUCUUGGAAACACUGAAGAAAACUUCCUAUAGCAUGACACCCUAUACAGCCUGAGUAUGUACCAGAGUACCGCUCUGGCCUUCCAGCAGGGAGGAUUCAGGGGCUGGAAUCUAUACCUACUGCACUCUGCCAAUUAAUUCUCAUCUCAUUGCAUCAGCAGAGAUCGUACCACCACAAACCAUGCCAGGCUCCUCCCCUGUGCCUCUGAGGCACCCAGUGGACUACCUACACCUGUUUGCCUAAGCACAGCCACAUGUUCGUGGUCACCACAUCCCAUGUCAACAACAGUGAGUGGGAAAGAGUAGGGGACAAGCUUUUCUUCAUCACUGUGCUGCUCUGUUCCAUCUCAAUACCCGAUGCUUCUCAUUACUGGCCAAAGGAUCUGACCAGCCUCCCGGCCUGCCAGAGCUAUGUACCACCUCAAGGCUAGACCAGGGUCAAUAUUUCUUGACCACAUAAUAACACAAAACAAAGCAGGAUUCAGGAAGCAGAACCCUCAGUAAAUUUCCAUUUAAUGUCUUUCAGAUACCAUCUUAGUGAGCUUACCCAGCUCGGGGAAGGAGGGGCUAGCACAGUGGCUCUGAAUGCUAAUGCUCCUACAGCAGCCAGGGUGUCCCAGAAUGACUGGGGUUGUACUCUUUAGACAGUCUUGUGACAGGACUAGUUUUUCCCAGGGAAGCGGCCUCAGAGAACUGAGGAGCAGCUGACACAAGGUAUCCUCCCUGAUAGAAAACAGACUCCUCCCCCAGACCUUUAGACACCUGGCCCUGGGGCAGGCUGGAGCAGGUGUGCAUGAUUUCUGGUGGAACUUAAGCAGACUCCUGGUUUCACCAGCCACUCUUGCACACAAGUCCAUUCAUUCUCUUUGUUCCCCAAGUCUGCCGGGCUAAUGGGCUCACUUGGCUGGAGCACUCAGCCCCACAAGCUUGUUUAUUAGAUUCUUCCAUAUGUGCAGGGGGGACCAGGGAGCUGGGGAACGAAUGCUGCCCAUUUGUGUCACCUACCAUGGAGCAAGGCCAUGGGGAAAAUGAAGACAGACGGCAGCAGAUGUCACAGCUCCAUUUUGCUCCAGCUCCAGAGAGCAGCUAAUGGAAUCUACUGUGUCCAGGCCUCUGCCGUUGCAAUUUUCUAGCUUGUAGGCGGUAUGCCAAGACUGGCCAGGAAGAUGGCAAGGGAGAGGGAGGAUUGGGGAAUCAGCAAUUGUUCCAUGUGGAACCAAGGUCAAUUUAGCUUUUCAAAUAAAAUCACAGUUCUAAAGCUGCUUCUACCAG